UUAUUUUUUGUUGCUUUCUUCGCCUAUUCGUCUUCCUUUAAGGGUUUUGCGCUCACCCGUCUCUCUUCUCUCUCGCUCACUCGCUCGCUCUGUGUGAUGACGACGAGAUCUGACUCCGAUGAGUGUCUUGUGCAAGACCCACUAACCUCCUCAGAGAAAGCUUCUAUCUCUCGCGAAGAUUCGGCUGAAGAAGACUCGCUAAAGGUCGUUUCUUUGUCUCCUCCACUAGAGAACGACUCUGUUGUAGAGAUAAGCUCAAAGAAUCAAGUAAAGUCUUCGCCUUUUGCUUCUGUUACUGAGAAAGAAGAUAGUGAGAGUAUCCAUCCGGAUUCUGUUGAAGUUUCUUUAUCUGAAGCCCAGGCUAUGGAUGUGGAUUGUCCUGGAGUCCUCUCUGUAUCUGAAGCUGCCUCCGCGUUUCUUGAAGAGAACAAGGUUGGUGAGGAACUGCAACAGAUCAAGGAGACCUCUGCUCUACAAGAUGAUGUGCACAAGAUGGAGGAGACUGAUGUGUCCGUUGUUUGUAAGGGACAAGAAGAUUCCGAUGUGCAGAGACUUUUGGAGGCUGAGAAGAGGAGACUGUUGGCUGAGAUCGAAACCGGAGCAAUCUUCAGGAAGGAGGAAGAUGCGGAGACGCUCGCUGUGGCUUCUGAUUUUCAUCAGAAGGUGGAGAGAGUGAGAGUUAAAGACAACGCUUUUGUUGGGAGGUCUGUGAAGAUCGAUGUGGUUGACGACACUGCGCUGCUCAAUGUCGUUCCUUUCUGCAAGAAAGGUAAAGACCAUCAUCAUCAUGCCAAGAGGUCAGGAACCGCACACGGUGAUGAUAAGGAAGCACCGAGGAAGCAUAAGAAAACUGGAGUGAAGCAUCAACACGUUGAAGCAAGUGGCGGCAAGAUAAUGUACUCUUUGAACCAGAUGAAGUCGAUGAGGUAUGCUAACAUGGGGAAUCAGAGGAAACUGUGGAGUGACAUGUACGCUAGGCUCCUACCUGAGCUGGUGAGUGAGUACGAAGGUCUAGUUAGCUUGAAGAAGAUGAAUCAGAAGAAUUCAAAGUCGAGUGGCAUCGGUAUUCUCGGCACCAAAGAAGGAAUGGAUGAUUUAACACUUGAAGAAGAAGAAGAGGAGGAAGAGUACAGUGAAGAUAAUGACGAUUACAAUAGCAUUUUGAAACCUGCCUUUGAGGUUGAUGGAGAACCUGAUUUCGAAUCUGGACCACCAGAAGAUGGCUUUGAAUACUUAAGACGAGUCAGGUGGGAAGCAAAGCGUGUUCCCAAUGUAAAAGUAGCCAAGAUAGAUGAAAGCAAGUACAUAACGAAAGAGCAAAGUGUCUACAUGCCACAGAUACCUGAAAUCCCCAAAUGUCCAGAGCACUUGUUACCGCUCAAGGAAUGGGAAGACUCAUUACUUUCUGACUUCUCACACCUUCGCCUGGCCUUAUCACAAACUGACAACAACUUCUUCGGUGACGAGAUCAUGUCAUCAAGUCCGUCUACAGAGUAUAUGCUUAUGGGGAUGUUCAGUACACGUCUCAACACGGUUACAGACGAGUCAUUUGGUGUGGUGGUUUCGGAAAUACAAGGAAUGGACUCGGUGACGCGGGUAUCAAGGCUGAAAAAGAGGAUAUGUUUGGUUGAGAAGGAGAGCGGUUUACAAGACAGUGACUGUAUAUGGGUAGUAGCAUUGUGUGCAUCAGUGGACACUCCUUUGGAUGGUGAUACUUGUGCUUGUCUCAGGGCUCUUCUGAGGAAGUGUGCUAGUGUUCGUGCGUUAGAGGUUGAAGAUGAGCAAGUUAUCAUCAUGGCGAAUAUGCUCAUCACCAUCGCAGGCAGAUAUUUUGGCCAAAUGGAAUAAGAGAAGAAGUUAGAUGAUAACUGAUGCUCUUGCUUUGAAUCCUGUCUUUGUUGAAUGAAAUUAGAAGAAGAAUUACUUGAGUAUUUUUUUUUCUUUUAUGUAUCCUAUUCCUAUCCAUAUUUUAAUUUUAAUCCAAAACAAACACACCUUUACCUCUA